AUGGGUCAAAAAUCGAAGGAUACAUUGGCCGUACGGCCGCAGAGUCGCGGUCGGCGCUCUCGCAGUCGCUCGCCAAACCCUAAGGGUGCGAAGCCUGCAAAGAUUGUCAGCUACGCCUCGGACGGUGUGCGAGACAAUGACAUUCUCAACCUCCCCGCCUCCGACUACAAACUGCUGGUGCUGGUGACGUUGAUUGCGGCCGCUGUCCGCUUGUUUCGUAUCUACCAGCCCAGCAGUGUUGUAUUCGAUGAAGUCCAUUUCGGUGGCUUCGCAAGCAAGUACAUCAAGGGAAAGUUUUUCAUGGAUGUUCACCCCCCUCUCGCCAAGCUGUUGAUCACGCUGGCUGGCUGGCUGGCCGGCUUCGAUGGAGAGUUUGAUUUCAAGGACAUCGGCAAGGACUAUCUCGAGCCCGGCGUGCCCUACGUGGCAAUGCGAAUGCUACCCGCGAUUCUCGGUGUUCUCACGGUCUCUCUGAUGUUCCUGACUCUCAAGGCGACUGGUUGCCGAACUUCGACUGCUGUCAUGGGUGCUGGGCUUGUGAUCUUCGAUAACGCCCUGACCACCCAAUCUCGCCUGAUCUUGUUGGACUCGCCCCUCGUUUUCUUCACUGCUCUGACUGCAUUGACCUUCAGCUGCUUCACAAACCAGCAGGAACUGGGACCCGCCUCUGCUUUCAAGGGCCCAUGGUGGUUCUGGCUAGCCGCUACAGGUGUUUCCCUUGGAGCUACUCUCAGCGUCAAGUGGGUUGGUCUCUUCACCAUGGCUUGGGUUGGAUCCCUCACGGCCCUCCAGCUUUGGGUCGUGCUCGGUGACUCUAAGACUGUGACUCCGCGAUUGUGGUUCAAGCACUUCUUCUCCCGUGUCUUCUGUUUGAUCGUUAUUCCCCUUGGUUUCUAUAUGGCUAUGUUUGGUAUUCACUUCCUCUGCCUGGUUAACCCCGGUGAAGGUGAUGGUUUCAUGUCGUCCGAGUUCCAAGCUACCUUGAACUCCAAGUCCAUGCAGGAUGUGCCAGCGGAUGUUUCUUUCGGCUCCCGUGUCAGCAUUCGUCACCACAAUACUCAGGGUGGCUACCUGCACUCGCACAAUCACAUGUACCCCACCGGUAGCAAGCAGCAGCAGAUUACUCUCUACCCCCACAAGGAUGAGAACAAUGUGUUCAUCAUGGAGAACCAGACUCAGCCUCUGGGUCCUUAUGGCGAGAUCGAAGGCCCCUUCGCUUGGGACAACUCUUCUGUGAGCUUCAUCGAGGAUGGAGCCGUUGUCCGCCUCUACCAUGAGAUUACCCACCGACGCAUCCACUCCCACGACGAGCGCCCGCCCGUGACUGAGGCUGACUGGCAGUACGAGGUCUCCGCCUACGGUUACGAAGGAUUCCCCGGUGAUGCCAAUGACUUGUUCAAGAUUGAGAUUGUGAAAUCCCUCUCCGAGGGUGCCGAAGCCAAGAAGCGCGUCCGCACCAUUCAGACCAAGUUCAAGCUUGUGCACGUCAUGACUGGCUGUGUUUUGUUCUCCCACAAGGUCAAGCUUCCCGAGUGGGGUUUCGAGCAACAAGAGGUUACCUGCGCUCGUGGUGGUACUCUGCCAAACAGUAUCUGGUAUGUUGAGUCUAACACUCACCCCAUGAUGCCUGUGGAUGCCGAGAAGGUCAACUACCGCAACCCCGGCUUCUUGGGCAAGUUCUGGGAGCUGCAGAAGGUCAUGUGGACUACCAACGCCGGCUUGGUUGAGUCGCACGCCUGGGACUCUCGCCCUCCUUCGUGGCCCACUCUUCUCCGUGGUAUCAACUUCUGGGGCAAGGACAACCGCCAGAUCUACCUUCUAGGUAACCCACUGAUCUGGUGGUCUUCGACCGCUGCCAUUGGCAUCUACUUCCUUUUCAAGGCUAUCGCGGUUAUCCGCUGGCAGCGCAGCUGCAAUGACUACCGUCAUGUCUCGUUCAAGCGAUUCGACUAUGAGGUCGGCACCAGCGUUCUUGGAUGGUUCUUCCACUACUUCCCAUUCUACCUCAUGGCCCGUCAGCUUUUCCUGCACCACUACCUCCCCGCUCUCUACUUCGCCAUCAUGGUUCUCUGCCAAGAAUUCGAUUUCAUCACCAACCGUAUUAAGAGCCUCGGACUAGCAUCGAGACCCGCAAUUGGCAAGGUCAUGAUGGCCGGAUUCCUGAUCCUCAGCAUUGCAGUUUUCACCCUUUACUCUCCUUUGAUUUACGGUAACCCCUGGACCCAGAGUGCCUGCCAGAAGGUCAAGCUUCUGGAUGGCUGGGAUUUCGACUGCAACACCUUUCACACCGACCUGAGCCAAUACGUUACCGAUGUGGACAACUUCAUGAAGACCGUUCCAACCGAGCAAGCCCAGAUCCACAAGCCUGGGGACCACCAGCAGCAGGCACAAGCACCUGCUGUCGAGAUCCCUCAGCAACAACAGCCGGAAGAUCAGGCUGCCGUAACCCAGCCCAAGCUCUCCGGCUCCGUGGCCCGUGUUGAGUACCGCGACCAGCAUGGCAACGUUCUCCCCGAGGAUGUUGUCGCUUCGCUUCGCGCGGAGGGCAAGGUCAAGUUCGAGACCCGAUACGAGUCCCGCUCCAAGCUUGAGCACGCUCAGGAGAUCCCCAUCGUGGAUGGCCAGCUUGCUCCCCCACACCCGGAUGUCCAGGGACAGAACCCUGAGACCGGCUCCGGAAAGCCCGAGGACUCUAUCCCACCCGAGAGCCCUGCCUCAGUGGCCGAAGGCAACGUCCGUUCCGUGGAGAGCUCUGGCUCCCCCGAGGCCAAGCCUGCCAGCGAAGGCAAUGAAGCUACUAAAUAA